AUGGAUAAACGUCUCUUGUUCAUCUUCUCCUACUUUUGCUUCAUUGUGGCAGUGACCCCGCUCAGAUGCAUAACAUGCCACCUUCACACAGAGGCAGACCGCUGUCGAAGGGGCUUUGGAAUCUGUACUACUCAGAAACAUGAGAAAUGUAUGACCUUAAAAAUAUCCCAGGGUGGUAUACUGCUGCUAUCUUAUAUGGUAUGUCAGAAAUUCUGCAAAGACAUGUCCUAUGAUUUCAACAACAGGACCUAUGAUCAUAAAUGCUGUGAAGAAGAUUUCUGUAACUAUCAGUUCUGA